AUGUCUGUAUGUAUGUGUCAGCGUUAUAAUAAAUCCCUUAAGAUUGUACACCAAAAACUUAUUUGGAAGAUUGUGUUGAUCUGCAUCUUGGCUCUUGCUACCGGCGCCUUCGCUGCUGCCAUUGAAAGCACCACCGAAAAACGUGAAAUUAUUCCCUUGCUUAAAUACGAACGUGUCAACAAUCCCGAUGGCUCUUUCCAAUUCACUUACGAGGGUGGUGAUAAAUCAUUCCGUGAAGAAACCGCUCAUGUUGUAGAUGCCGGCACUGAAGAUGAAGCUCUUGAGGUUUCAGGCUCAUAUCGUUAUAUCGAUGAAGAGGGUCGUGAAAUCGAAGUACACUAUACAGCCGGUAAGAAUGGUUUCAUUCCAGUCGGUACGAACAUUUUGUCGGAAAUCUCUGAAGGUGCCAAGGCUGCUGCUAAAGCUGCCCAGGAACAAGUUGAAGAAGAGAAGAAGAAUGCUAAAUCGCUUUAA